GAUGUGGUCAUCUGAAAAAGGCUAAACAUGAAGUACAAUAUCAAUCAUUAUAUGAUAUGGUUUAACUGCUGGAUUUUGACCUCUUCAACAACUAAUGCGUUGAUAGAUGUAGCGCUGCAGAAUAAAACAGCUAAGGACGCCAUCUUAUAUUUUCGUCAAUUUAACCUUAACCCAGCAUCUAGCAAAGAAAAGUUACAAAAUACACCGCUGACAAAUUUUGAAAUUUCUUUGGCUGAAAAUGUAGCUCAUAGAAUGGUUAAUCUUAAGAUGAAUAAAAGCGAGUUGCACUAUGUUAACGGCAAUAUUUUGGUUGCUAUUCGUCUAUCACGGUUGGCACCGUUUACAAAUUACACGGUCAGUGCAAGGAAGAGCACACAAGUUGACCAUAUCCCAGAGCAUCCACCAGCUCUACAUCCUUUUAGUUUUGCUGUGAUUCGAAAAGAUGACUAUACAGACAUUUGCAUUUCAUGGAAGCCAAUACCACAAGAAGCUCAUGGGGGCGCAAAACUAAUUUAUGUUAUAGAGGUCUCUUCUGGGAAAUGGAAUUACAAGUUGAACACAAGCAAAAGUUUUGCAAUGAUUGAAGACGGUCGAUAUUCAAAUGCGCUUAAAGUGAAACUUUGGGCAGAAAAUGAAAUCGGUAUCUCACAAAACUAUUCCGAAAUGCUUAUCAAGAAAAAAGAGCCACCUGACAUUUUGGCAGCAGCUGAGUUCUCUGAAGAAGGUGAAGUGAAAAUAUAUGUGAACUCUAGCUCCGUUGGUGGUGCUGAGAAAAUAGCCAUACAAGUAUGUGAGGAAGGAACCCAUUUAAAUCAGGAUAUUUGUCUAGAGAUAUUGGUAACGGAAGUUUUUGAUUUGGAUAAAGUUAGCGAUAAGGGCAACCCGAUAUAUGAAUUUACUGUUCCUGUCAUCAGCCGUUUGUGUCAACUGGAUGCUCACAACGUUGAAAUGCAGUUUUUUUAUUUUAACAAUCAUAACGACUCAUUAAAUAUUUCAAUUAAUUCUAAUUUUGCUGACAAAAGUGAAUUUGAAAAGUUGCGAAAUUCAAAGCGUGUUUGCUCAUCGAAUGUUGAAGAAUACCGUUUGAUCUAUGAAGAAAUGAAAAAUAAGAUAAUUUUUAUAUCAGUGAUGGUUGAUGGUGAUUGGACAUCGAUAGUCCCGAUAAAUUGUUACUUUGGUGACUUUAAACGACAUGGAUCAUCCUUAGCAAAUGUCAAGUUUAACAUCACUAAACUACAUGUGUCGGCUGAAGAUAACAAUAUACAACGUCUUUCAUUUAUGCAAAAUUGUGAACCAAGUCCGCACCAAUUCAUGGCUAAAUAUUUUGUAGUAUUUUCUUCAUCAAGUCCUAAUUGUGAUAAGGACAGGCAACAAAUUGCUAACCUCAGCAAUAAGAUCUUUGACGACGUCCACUGCGUCGUACCAACUCACACAAAAAUUGUGUGCAUCGAUGUGAUUGGUCAGAAUAAUGUGUCUGCUAUCUUUGGGCCGGUGUUCAAUUUUUUCAAGGGAAAGUACCCCCAUUCUGAGGAUGCGAAACAUUUCUUUGUGAUCAUCCCUGUAGUCAUUGUGACAAUACUGCUAAUUGUGACAUCAAGCUGGUUAGGAUUUACAAAAUGUAAGAAAGGACAACGCCGGAUUGAAGAAAUAACCGAAGAAUUCGAGGCUACGGAAGAGUUACAGUGGUUGUGUGUUAGCGAGGCUGAAACAUCAUUAAUCCGAAUCACGGAAGAAAUAUCUACAUCGGGCGCAAAUAUAAGCAACACCGUUGCUGUCUCUCCCAACACCAGCGGUGCCACAUCACCAAACGACAGCGGCAUCGACAUGAGCUCUGAAACGUUUGCAUCAAGCUCCAGCGGAUCUUCACAUAAGCGGUGUAAUUCUUUAAACGAAAUAUCGUCCUUCACGAAGAUCCGCAAUUCUUCACUCUCAAUCAACUGUAACCCAGUAAAUACUGAAGUCAAAGUUGGUGAUGUGGAGCAAACACUUAACGUCUUUAACGACAGUGAAGAAAGUGUGUCAAGUUGUCUAGAUUUUACUUCCACCAGUCAAGACAAAACCGUGCGAAAUAUUAAUGAUGACAUUCACAUCUAUGGUAAUCAGUUUGUUGAGGAUCUAGUGUCAGUACACAGUGAUGAUAAAUUUAAUGUUUUAAACGGAAGUGUGAGCAGCAGUGAGCUCAACAUUCAUGUAGAGUUUUAAAAAUAUUACAAACUUAAGGACAAGUAUUUUUUCGUGCCUCUGUCUCGCUUUAUCUCUCUCUCUCUUUCAUUAUAAAAAACUCGGCUAGUUUAUUGUUGAUUGACUCCAUAUCGGCUAAAUAAGCUUAAGGUUAAGUAGCUAUCAACUGAUAUUAGCUCUAAUACUUUUUUCUUGUCAUCACUAAGGGAAAGAACUCUUUUCCCACGACAAAAUCUAUUUCCCUUCGAUGAAUCCCCUUACUUAAGAGCCAAGAGCCAUCAAA